AUCCAAGAAAUAAAAACAAAAAACAACAAGAAAGUAAAGAAGAAAAAAAAGUAAGCCCAAAUUCAAAUCUUUUUUCAGAAGAACUUUUGCACUCUAUCAGAUAAUAACUAACCAAAAGAUAUGGAAAAGAUUUUGAAGAGUCCUAUAUAAUCAAUUCAUGAUCACAUUUGUCCCUAAAUUUAGGAUUACAAGACUAAACAAGACUAUUCAAAUUCUCUAUAAUUUAAUGAAUGAAUAAAUCAUUCUAAUCACACACAUCAAUCUUUAGGCUCCGUUGCUGCAAAGAAUCCAAAUCCAAUAUAAAUCUUUCAUAAACUACUGCGUCGUAGAGGAUCCAAUUCCGAUAUAUAAAUAUCAUAAACUAAUAAACUAAUCCUUUAGACCCUAAAAAAAACCCUAUUUUUUUUCUCUUCCUCUAAGUGCCUCUUUCACUUUACCCUGCAAAAUUUUCCCCAGAAAAAACCCCAAUUCUCAACAGAAAAAAUUAAAAAUUCAAUUUUUUUUCCAUGGGGAAAAAAUCAACGACGGAUGAAGUCAAACUGGAAAUUCCGCCGGAUAAUCUCCGGUGCAGCCGCACCGACGGACGGCAAUGGCGGUGCAAAAGAAGAGCGAUGGAAAACGUGAAAUUAUGCGAGGCUCAUUAUCUUCAAGGAAAAAUUCGGCAGAACAAAGAGAAGGUUCCAGAAUCACUGAAACUUCAAGGAAACAUGAAGAUGAAGAAGAAGAAGAGGAAGAUAAACGACGUCGUUGAAAUUAGGUCAAAGAAGAAAAAGAAGAAGAAUGGUGAUGUGCAAUUGGAACUGAUAAGGAUGGUGUUACAGAGAGAGGUUGAUAAGAAGAAGAAGGUGAAGAACAACAACAACAACAACAACAACAACAACAGAAAAGAUGAAGAAUUUGAAUUGCAGCAUUACAGUGAAGGAGAAUUGAGAAAAGAAUUACCUAAUGGGGUUAUGGAAAUUGCUCCUGCUUCAACAUCUUGUGAUGUUGAUUUUCACUGUAAUGGUAAAUCAAUUGUUACACCACGUUACUUCAGGUCCAAGAAUGUUGAUAGAAGGGUCAAUUUUGAUCAUUUGCAGGUUUUGAAGAAGGGGAAGAGGAAGAAGUGUCAUUGGUGUCAGAGUAGUGAUUCUUUGAAUCUGAUUAAGUGUUCUAAUUGCCAGCAAGUGUUUUUCUGCAUGGAUUGCAUUAAACAACGGUAUUUCGAAACUCAAAAUGAGGUUAAGAUGGCGUGUCCAGUUUGUCGAGGAACUUGCACAUGUAAAGAUUGCCGUGCGAGUCAGUGUAAGGACCGUGAAAGUAAGGAUUAUUUGUCUGGUACAUGUAGAGUUGAUAGGAUAUUGCAUUUUCAUUAUUUGGUCUGUUUGGUUCUUCCUGUACUGAAACAAAUAAGCGAAGACCAGCAUAUAGAGCUAGAAACAGAAGCAAAAAAUACAGGAAAAAAUAUUUCUGAUAUUCUCAUCAAGCAAGUCGAAUUUGGAUGCAAUGGGAAAAAUUGCUGCAACUACUGCAAAACACCCAUUCUGAAUCUUCGCAGAAGCUGCUUUAGUUGUUCCUACAGUCUUUGCUUAAGAUGUUGUCAGACAUUAAGUCAAGGAAGCCCCUUUGAGCAUAUAAAUUCUUCAGCGUCCAACUUACCUGACAAAAUGGACGAUUGCAUUGCUGAUGAAAGUUGCCUUUCGGAUGAUAAGACCAUUUCUAGCGACAAUGUAACUGAUACUUCAAUAUUACCGGAUUGGGCUGGUUGUAUUGGUACUUCUGACAGUGUAUCAUGCCCUCCAACAGAGCUAGGUGGUUGCGGUAAUAGCCACCUUGACUUGAGAUGUGUUUUUCCCUUAAGCUGGAUCGAAGAAUUGGAAGCUAAGGCGGAAGAAAUAGUUUGCAGCUAUGACGUUCCUGAAAUGUUGGAUAAAAAUUCUAGUUGCUCACUUUGCAUUGACAAAGAUCAUAAAACUAACAGAUAUAAGCAUUCGAAAGAAGCUGCUCGAAGAGAAGAUUCUGAUGACAAUUCCUUAUUUUAUCCUACAGUUUUCGACAUCAAUUCUGAUCAUUUCGAACACUUUCAGAAACACUGGGGAAAAGGCCAUCCUGUACUAGUGCGAGACGUGCUCCGAAGUACAAAAACCAUCAGUUGGGAUCCUCUGGCCAUGUUCUGUGCUUAUCUCGAGAGGAGCAUUACAAGAUAUGAGAAUAAUAAGGACUUGCUUGAAGCUUGCUUGGAUUGGUGGGAGGUGGAAAUUAACAUUAGACAGGAUUUUACUGGGUCUCUUAAAUGUCAACCUCGGAAAAAUGAUUGGCAUGAGAUGCUGAAACUAAAUGGAUGGCUAUCUUCCCAACUAUUCAAAGAACAGUUUCCAGCUCAUUUUGCAGAAGUAAUUGGUGCUCUUCCAAUUCAAGAGUACAUGAAUCCCAGAUAUGGUCUUCUGAAUUUAGCGGCAUAUAUGAAAGAUGGGAGUGCAAAACGCGACAAAGGUCCAUAUGUCUAUAUUUCUCAUGGCUGCUCUGACAACGAAGCUUAUUCCGUGCUAAAUCUCUCUUAUGAACCAUAUGAUGCGGUUAAUAUUAUGGCACAUACCUCAGAUGCUCCUCUCUCUACGGAACAUCUUACUAAGAUAACCAAGUUAUUGAAAAAGCAAAGAACUCUGUGUCAAAGGGGGUUGCCAAAGAUUACUGACGAGCAUGCAGAAGACAUGGAACUAAAGGAGCCAGAGACGCAAGGAACUGACUUUUACAGGAGAGUCAAUAGAACGUCUUACAUCUCUACUGAAGUGAAAACAUUAGCUAGUCAGAGUUUAGAUAACAAUACUUCCAGCAAUGGCGAAUGCCGUUCUGGUUCUGAUACUGAAAAGGCGCAAAGCUUCUCACCUUUCCAGAAGACCGUUCGGAGCACUGACAUGUAUUCUAUUGCUCAGUGGGAUGUCUUCCGAAGACAGGAUGUGCCGAAGCUUCUAGAAUACCUCAAAAGGCACGCCGAUGAAUUUUCAUAUACCAAUGCAUAUGGCAGUGAGAAGAUGGUUCACCCAAUUCUAGAUCAGAGCAUCUUUCUGGACACUACUCACAAAAUGAGACUGAAGGAGGAAUUCGAUAUCGAACCAUGGACAUUUGAGCAACAUGUUGGAGAAGCUGUCAUCAUUCCUGCUGGAUGUCCAUACCAGAUUAGGAAUUCUAAGUGUUGUGUUCAUGUGGUAUUGGAGUUUAUGUCUCCUGAGAGUGUUGCCGAGUGUAUCCAAUUGACUGAUGAGAUCCAUCUGCUUCCAGAAGACCAUAAAGCAGAAGUAGACAAGCUAGAGGUGAAGAAAAUGGCUCUUCAUAGCGUGGAGUCGGCAAUAAAAGAAAUUCGCGAGCUCACUUCCAAUCCAAAACAUGAUUGAACUAGCUAAAGUAUAUUCUUAUAUACCUCAGGACCAUGUAUUCUAUUUUUAUUUUAUAGAUUUAUUAUCAAAACUCGUUAAGAUCUAGCCAAGUACAUCAAUUGAUUCUUUUUACUGUUGGUACUUCAAUUCAUUACUUUCAGAUUCUAUUCCCUUUUUAAUUUUUCUGGUGACAUUUAUGUAAUCUAAAAUGAAUAAUUUCAUGGUAUAUGAUAUUUCUCCGACUGUUCAAUUUUGAAGCGAAUCA